CCGCUUGUACAUGCGCAUUAUGCAUGUCAUAAUCGGGCACGAGGGCAAGGACCGUCAUGGUAACAACAUUCUGCAGUCAGCCAUCUUGUCGUUCUUUUUCUCUUGCGUCUUGCAAGCACAACCAUGGGUAAGCCAAGGGGUAUCCGUACUGCUCGCAAGCUGCGCUUCCAUCGUCGUGACCAGAAAUGGCAUGACAAGCAGUACAAAAAGGCCCAUUUGGGAACGGCAUUGAAGGCUAAUCCCUUCGGUGGUGCUUCUCACGCCAAGGGAAUCGUCCUGGAGAAAGUUGGUGUUGAGGCCAAGCAGCCUAACUCUGCCAUCCGAAAGUGCGUCAGGGUCCAGCUGAUCAAGAACGGAAAGAAGAUCACAGCUUUCGUGCCCCGUGACGGUUGCCUCAACUACAUUGAGGAGAACGACGAGGUUCUGGUAGCUGGAUUCGGACGUAAGGGACACGCUGUCGGUGAUAUUCCCGGAGUCCGUUUCAAGGUCGUCAAGGUUGCCAACGUUUCCCUGCUCGCCCUGUACAAGGAGAAGAAGGAGAGACCACGUUCAUAAACAUCAAAAACAUGCCCUAAUAAACCAGUCUCACCACUCAA